AUGUGCAAGGGACUUGCUGCAUUGCCAGCCACUUGCUUAAAAAGUGCAAAAGAUAUGAAGCAUCAUCUGGAUUUCUUACUGCAGAAGCCUUGUUCAUGUGAGCACAGCUCUUCCCACAGCAAGAAGGAGAAAAUGGCUCCACCCCAGAGGGUUAGCCACAAGGAAGUCCAGAAAUGGACUGACUGUUUGGAGAACCUGAUACAUCAUAACAGUGGGCUGGCUGCUUUCCAGGCUUUCCUCAAGUCUGAGUACAGCAAGGAGAAUAUUGAGUUCUGGGUGAGCUGCAAGGAGUACAAGAAAACCAAAUCGCCAGCCAACCUUAGCCCCAAGGCCAGGAAGAUUUACAAUGAGUUCAUCUCUGUGCAGGCUACUAGAGAAGUGAACUUGGAUUCCUGCACAUGGGAAGUGACCAGCCACAAUGUUCUCAAGCCCACCCUGUCGUGCUUCGACGAGGCUCAGAAAAAAAUCUUCAUCCUCAUGGAGAAGGAUUCUUACCGCUUCUUCCUCAAAUCUCGCUUCUACCUCGAUUUGGUCAGUCCACCUGCAACUACUUGUGGGACUCAGAACCACAAAAGAGCUACGUCUCCUGCCUUAGCCUGCUUCUCCCCUCUGGUCUCUCAUUGCCAACUCCCGACAUGUUUAGAUGCCUGCAACAUGAGGCUCAUGGCUGCAGUCCCUGUGUCACCUCUCGGCUACUCCGAGGAGGAGCCGCGCCUACCCCUCACCAGCUACCCCGAGGAGGAGCCGUGCCUACCCUUUGCCAGCUACCCUGAGGAGCAGCCGAGCCUACCCUUCGCUAGUUACCCGGAGGAAUCGAUGGUGCUGGAAAUUGCCGAGGACACCAGCCAAACCCAGGUACCUUACGAGGGGGAGUCCAGAAGUAGCCCGGGAGCAGCCGACCCUGGCCUGAGCUCCUGA